UGUACAUUGGCUGAAAAUGGCUUCUGUUUCUCUCCUUGCCACUCUGUUUUUUGCCAGCUUCUUCCAAAGAAUUGUGACAACGACAUCAACUACAAUCCCAACCACCCCAACAACAACUACCCCAUCCACCCCUGCUCCAACUACUCCCAGCCCAGAGUUCAUUGACCUGCCUGACGUUCUGGAGGUCACAGAGAGCACUCGUCCGAGGAAAGUGAUCUUGGAGUUCCAGAUCGCGAGUGCCAACCCUGACCCUGAUGUCCAGAUCCUCUCUAUCACUCCAGACAACCCUGUGCUUGAGGAUCCCAUCGUCAACCCAACAAACGUUUCUGGUGUCUUCAGUGUCCAGAUUGUUCUGAAUGGCUCUCUAGAUUAUGAGACUACAAAUCUCCUGACCGUACGUCUGGGCAUCAAGUCACCCUCUGGCUUUGUGGAGCGGACCUUCAGCCUAAGCGUCACCGAUGCCAACGAGCCCCCUCAGUGUGAUGCCCACUUCCAGCUAGGUGCCGUGGUUCAGGUUCCGGAAGACAGCCCAGCUCCUGUGAGACUUUACACGGUUCUAGCGAGGGAACCGGAUGAUAACGACACCAUAACGUUCUCCAUCUACGAAGUGCAACCAGUAUCCUCCUCAGCACAGUUUCACAUCGACGACAAGGGCAGCAUCACAUCCAAUCAGACCUUCGAUUAUGAGAGAGGCCCGAGACAAUUUACUGUUUCGGUGGUUGUGACAGACCGACAGGGAAGCAACUGCACAGGGUCUCUCCUUAUCAAGGUCCUGAAAGUUUACUCCGUGCCCCUGGACUUUCUUCUACCCUCACAGAAUGUCACCAUCUUGGAGAAUGAAGGCAGUGAGAGCACUGUUACCACGGUAACAGCUGACCCCAAUGUCACAGAUGUGCGCUAUACUUUCAUAAAACCAUACCCACCUUUCAAAAUUGGCCAAGAGGAUGGUGUCAUCAAGACGAGCUACAAUUUGGACCUGGAAUCAGACCGGACCCUGGAGAAGAGUAUUCUGUUGGUCCGAGCAUUCAGCAUGUCUGAAGACCGCAGCGGAACUGCCACAGUCACUGUCUAUGUGCAGGAUGUCAACGAACAUGCGCCUCUCUGCGUCCCCCCUGUGAUUGUUUUAACUGUUCCUGAGACUACAGAGGUCGGGAGAAGUCUGGGCACAGUGCGCUGCUUUGAUGUGGAUGUCAGUAACCAGAACGUCACACUCACGGUUAUCGAGAAUAGCCUCUCACUCUUCAAGUUUCGCCUUCAAGAUGGACAGCUACAGGUGAAUAACAGCCUGGAUUACGAUGUUGCAGAUGUCACAAAUUUCCAGUAUGAAGCCACCAUUUUGGCCACAGACUCUGGCAGUCCUCCCCUCACAACUGAAGUCCGUGUCCUCAUCACGGUGACCCCUGUGAAUGAGUUUGACCCUCUAUUCCUGGGGCCCCUGGUCAUCGGCGUCCCCGAGAACACAAGGAGGGGUUCAGUGAUUGCGUCCCUCAGCGCCGUGGACCGCGACUGGCCCUUCAACUCUCUCCGAUACUCCCUCCUAGAGGGUGAGGGACAGUUCUCACUUGACCCCAUUGGAGGGCAGCUUUACCUGGGGGUAGAUUUGGACUUUGAGAUCCAGGACCAGUAUGAGCUGAAGGUGAAGGCUGUGGACUUUGAUCAGGAUGUGGACAAAACCAAACAGCGCACAGGCAUGGCACAAAUCACUAUUAUGGUGGAGAAUGUGAACGAUAAUGCCCCAGAGUGUGACCCAGUGUCCUAUGAGUCCACCAUUUUCUCCACCCUGGCCUUCAACACCCCCAUCCUUACGCUGACCUGCACGGACCGGGACAGAGACCAUCUCACAGCUACCAUCACCAGUGGUGCAGCAGUUGACCGGUUCCAGCUGACUGGCUUGACCCUGUUUUCCAGGAACGUCUUCUCUUUUGUGCCAGAUGGAGUGUAUGAUGAUACGGAUUAUGAGAUCACCAUCUCGGUGUCUGAUGGCAAACACAGCACUAGCGUGGUGGCAUAUAUAUACGUCAUUCCCUGGACCACCACCAAACCUACAACUACUACCACAACCACAACGAAGAACCCGGAGGUGGUGACGGUGAUUAAUGAGUUCUGGGACCCACAGCCGUGGUUUGUGGCGGCUCUGACGGUCACCGGCGCUUUACUACUGCUCCUCCUGAGCCUUCCUCUGUGGAUAAAGCUCUUCCGUGGCACAGUAUGUGGGACACAGAAACCGACGGAGCAGUUCAUACAAGAAGGUGCUGAGACAGAUAAGCAAGAUGGUCUAGACAAACAGGGUUCCUCUCGUUCUUCUGACCAGGUUUCACUAGGUGGCACCAUAAGUCUUUCCAAAGUCAGCAUUCAAGAAGAUAUAAUGAGGUUUGAUGGAAAGGCACAAGAUCCAGGACGAAGUUAUCUGUUCAAUUCUGUAACUGGAGAGCGGCGCUGGCUGGAUGGAGCAUGAUAAGAGAGCAGAGGGAACAUCCAUUCGUUCCUUACACCUAACACUGGCCGGCCAUUUUAUACUGUAACUUGGAAGGAGCCUAACAAAAUCCUUAGAGUGCCAAUCCAGCAUAAAUAUAAAAUCAAUGCUAACAUUUUUUAAUGUGUUGAGUGACACUGGAAAUGACUACCCAGAAAUUAAAUAAUGGUGAUUAUACUUCACUGGCAGAAUCCAACUUCAGAGUUAAUUGAAUAGAUUUGUGAUGGAAAUGAUUGGAAGAGUAUAAUUAAAGAAUGCUGAAGGCGAUAUGCAUUUAAUUAUAGUUUGUCAUGAUUAUUAAAAACGACUCCAAGAUCA